UGAGGAGGAGGGGAGCAGAGAGGUUCUGAACAUCACACUGGACUUCCUGAAGAGGAUGGACCAAGAGCAUCUGGCCCAGCGCCUAAUGAGCAGAAGAGCUGUAGGAGUUGGAGAUUGUAAAGAUAAACUGAAGUCUCAUCUGCGGCAGAGGUUCAGUCGUGUAUCUGAGGGUGUGGCUAAAGCAGCAGACUCCGCUUCCCUGACCCAGUUCUACACAGAGCUUUACAUCACAGAGAGCGGUACCUCAGAGGUCAACCAGGACCAUGAGGUCAGACACAUUGAGAACGCGUCCAGGAGACCGGCCACUCCAGAGACCGCCAUCACAUGUGAAGACAUCUUUAAACCCCACCAACAUUCACCAGAGGCAAUCAGAUUUGUGCUGACGAAGGGUGUGGCCGGCGUGGGGAAAACGGUCCUGACGCAGAAGUUGAGUUUGGACUGGGCUGAAGGCAGGGCCCACCAGGACCUCCAGCUGCUGUUCCCGUUUACUUUCAGAGAACUCAACAUGCUCAGAGACACACAGUUCAGCCUGGUGGGACUGCUGCACCACUUCUUCAGUCCAUCCAAAGAUCUCAGCAGCUUCCAGCAGCUCCAGGUGCUCUUCAUCUUUGACGGUCUGGACGAGUGCAGACUUCCUCUGGACUUCAGUGGAACCCCUGUCCUUACCGACCCCACAGAGGCCGCCUCAGUGCAUGUGCUGCUGGUAAACCUCAUCAGGGGGAGGUUGCUACCCUCCGCUCAGCUCUGGAUAACCACGCGCCCCGCUGCGGCCAAUCAGAUCCCUGCUGAGUGCAUCUCCAUGGUGACAGAGGUGCGAGGGUUCACCGAUUUGCAGAAGGAGCAGUACUUCAGGAAAAGGUUCAGAGUCCAGGCCGCAGUCGUUAUCUCCCACAUCAAGAGCAUCCGCAGCCUCCACAUCAUGAGUCACAUUCCGGUCUUCUGUUGGAUCCUCUCCACAGUUCUACAGAGGCUUUUGGAACAAACAGAUGAACCAGAGCUGCCCCGAACUCUUACACAGAUGUACGUCUACUUCCUGGUGGUGCAGGCCAAAGUCCAGAACAUCAAGUAUCACCAGGGAUCAGUGGCAGACCUUCACUGGACUCCAGAGACCAGAGAGAUGGUGGAGUCUCUGGGAAAAGUGGCCUUUGAGCAGCUGCAGAAAGGAAAUCUGAUCUUCUACGAGUGUGACCUGAGCGAGUGUGGGUUGGACGCAGCAGCAGCUUCAGUGUACUCUGGAGUGUUCACACAGGUCUUUAGAGAGGAGCCAGGCCUGUACCAGGACAAAGUCUACUGCUUCAUACAUCUGAGUGUGCAGGAGUUUCUGGCUGCUCUUCACGUCCAUCAGACCUUCAUCAACACUGGGGUCAAUCUGCUGGAGGUCAAACCACCCUCUAUUUUUACAAGAGCAUUUAGACGAAAGUCUGAUAUCCUCCAGCGGUCUGCCGUGGACCAGGCCUUACAGAGUCCAAACGGACACCUGGACCUGUUCCUGCGCUUCCUCCUGGGGUUGUCUCUGCCGACCAAUCAGAGGCUGCUGCAGGGUCUGCUGACUCAGACAGGAAGCGACCAGACCAAUCAGGAGACAGUAAAGUACAUCAAACAGAAGCUGAAUGAAAAGAAUCUGUCUGCAGAGAGAAGCCUGAACCUGUUCCACUGUCUGAACGAGCUGAAUGACCACAGCCUGGUGCAGGAGAUACAGAAGAACAUGAGAGAAGGACAGCUCUCGACUUAUGGAAACAUGUCUCCAGCUCAGUGGUCAGCCUUGUCCUUCCUCUUACUGUCCUCAGACUCAGACCUGGAAGAGUUUGACCUGAAGAAAUACCAGCGCUCAGAAACAGCUCUCCUAGGUCUGCUGCCUGUGGUUAGAGCCUCCACCAAAGUCCUUCUGAUUGGCUGUGGCCUGUCCCCUCACAUUUGUGGUCCUCUGGCCUCAGUCCUCAGCUCCUCCAGUCUCACACACCUUGAUCUCAGUCACAACGAACUCCAAGACUCAGGAGUGGAGCUGCUGUGUUCUGGACUGAAGAGCGCCCCCUGCAGAGUGGAGACACUCAGUCUGAUUGGCUGUGGCCUGUCCCCUCACAUCUGUGGUCCUCUGGCCUCAGUCCUCAGCUCCUCCAGUCUCACACACCUUGAUCUCAGUCAUAACGAAAUCCAGGACUCAGGAGUGGAGCUGCUGUGUUCUGGUCUGAAGAGCACCCCCUGUAGACUGGAGACACUCAGGCUUUCUGCAUGUCUGGUCUCAGAGAGGGGCGGGGCUGCUCUGGCCUCAGCUCUGAGCUCUGCCUCCUCGCACCUGAGAGAGUUAGAUCUGAGCUUUAAUCACCCGGGACCCUCAGCCGAGCUCCUGACUGCUCUACAGGACCAGCACCCCCUGCUGUUUGUCAGGCUGGAUCCUGGUGGAGAGCGCUGGAUGUUGCCCGGUCCAAGGAAAUACUCCUGUGAGUUCUCUCUGGACCCAACCACAGCUCACAAAUGUCUGCUUCUGUCUGAGGACUGUCAGACUGUGUCUCGUGUGACGGAUGAGCAGCAGUAUCCAGAUCAUAAAGAGAGGUUCACAUACUUCCCUCAGGUCCUGAGCUCCUCUAGCCUGCAGGGGCGCUGUUACUGGGAGCUGGAGUGGAGCGGGGAGAAGCUUGACAUAGCUGUGAGUUACAGAGGGAUUGGGAGAGGAGUAGAAAAGGAGAAUGAGUUUGGAAAGAAUGAUCAGUCCUGGAAUCUUUGGAUUGAUAAAGGAAAGUACUGGGAAUGUCACAACCACAAGCGCACCUCAGAGAUAAUGUAUGCGUCCUCAAACAGAGUGGGUGUGUUCUUGAACUCUGAGGCUGGAACUCUGACCUUCUAUCAGGUCCUCUCUGGUGGACAGCUGUCCCCCAUCUACAGCUUCAGCUGCUCCUUCACUGAGCCUCUGUUUCCAGGAUAUGGACUGUAUAUUCCUGGUUCCUCACUGUCUCUGGUGAAGUUGACCUGAGAGCCUUGUCUGGAUCAGUCAUUCUCACACUCUAUGAAAUGUAUAAGGGACUACAAUGAUAGACUGACUCAAGAUAUCACCUGUGUGUUUGACUCCAAGAUCCAAUAUUGUCUCGUCGUCUAAAAACUGGCCGCACUAGAACUGAAAUGGGACAAAAAGCUUUUGGUUAUUUUGUUUCCCAAAAAUAGAAUACAUUUGAAGAACAUGCAAAACUAGAUAGACUGUUGCCACUAUGCACUUUAAUAAUCUGGUGAUUGACAUUUAUAGUCUCACCUGUUUUUAAUGUUUUAAAUGGACCUAUAUAGUAAGAUGAAAAUGAAGUGAAACCAAAGCUGU